UGGGACAGCUACCGUCAACCAGCGGGGAGAGGAGAGAGCUUGGUGCCAGUAGGGCAGAGGACAGAGCUGCGAGAGAGAAAGGAGCAGAGUACAGGAAGAGAGGAGGAGAGGAAGACACGCACGGAAGAGUGCGAGAGGGGCUAGGAGGAAGAGAAAGUAAACAAGAGUUACAGAAGAGCCAUAAACACAGAGAAGAGAACAGAAGAAGAGAAGAGAAGAGAAGAGAAGAGAAGAGAAGAGAAGAGAAGAGAAGAGAAGAGAAGAGAAGAGAAGAGAAGAGACUUCCAGCCAGUGGAAAACAACAGAUUAUAGCUGCAGCCAGUCAGUGAAGGAAGUGAGGAAGGACGGAAGGCAGGAAGGAAGGCAGGAAGCAGUCACAAACCAACUAAACAAGCAAGCAAGUAAACAACCCAAGCAGUGAGCGUGUGCGGCCGACAAGUGCAUUAUGGGAGGCCAGAAAGAGAAGAUGGUCCAGAGCCAGGGAGGAGGAGGAGGAGUAGGUGGUGAGGAGGUCCAGACGUGCUGUGGCUGCCGCUUCCCGCUGCUCGUGGCCCUGCUGCAGCUGCUGCUGGGGGUGGCCAUCGCCGUCCUGGCCUUCAUCAUGGCCGCCACCAGCCCCUCGCUGCUGGUCCGGGAGACCCCACACUGGGCGGGCAUCAUCAUGUGUGUGGUGUCUCUGCUGGGGUUUCUCCUCUAUCUGAUCACAUACCUGCCUGAUGAGAGGACGUCCAUGCAGUUUGUUGCCAAGGUGCUCUACUUCCUGCUGUGCUCGGCGGGCGUGGUCAUCUCGGUGUUGGUCAUCGCAUACCAGGGCCACCACUACUCGCAGGCCACCGGCUUCAGCUGCCGCGAGCGCGGCGAGGACUGCGUCUGCACGCUGGACCCCCUGGACCCCAUCGCCCGCGUCUUCAGCUACGAGGGUGUGAGCGACUGCGCGGCUAUCACGGACACGCUGAAGCUCUACUUCCUGAUCCAGAUGGUGCUGAACCUGGCCCAGGCGCUGGUGUGCGCCGUGGGGGCCUUUGUCAUGUGGAAGCACCGCUACCAGGUCUUCUUCGCCGGCCUGCAGGUGGGCUCGCCCUCUGCUCAGCACUGGCAGAAGGUCUGAGGAGGAGGACGCUGACUGCUGGAUGGGAUGGGGGCAGCAGGGGUGCAGUUCCAUAGGGUGGGGGUGGGGGUGAGGGGCAUUUUCUGAAACACAUGCAUUGUCCCCUCAAUAAAACAUUAAAUUACCCUAGUAGAAUUAGAACAAUAGUAUGUACAUUCACAAAACAAAACAGAAAAUGUUGCCCCCCCCAAGUCAUGACAUUGGGUCUGCACUAAAGUGUACACCGAUGUGUGUGAGUGUGUGUGUUUGUGUGUUUGUGUGUGUGUCCCUGGCUGGGGUUGCAGUAAUUUAUAUCCCACCUAUGAUAUCCCUCGUCUUUAUAUGAACCUGUGUGUGUGGUUGAGGUUAAGACCUCAAAUAACAUCAACAACAUAAAGUAUUUUCCCCAUAUUUUCUAAGUUGUCUCUCUGCACAACCUUUCCAUUUUUUAAAAUCUGUUAAUGCUGGUCCCUGUGGCCAGCACAGAAGCACUGGCAUUUCUGUCCGACGAAAGUAAUGACGCAAUAUUAGCCCCCUGUUUAGCAACGAGAAUGGUUUCACUGUAGUGAGGGACUGGGGACAGCACAGGUGUGUAUGUGUGUACAUGUGGACAGAGUCAUAUAAAGUAGAAGUAGAAGUACUCUUACAGAUGUAAUUACAACACCAUGGUUUCAACUUUGUAAUAUCAUACCACUAGUGUUAUUAUUACUUAGUACUUCUACAUCUACUUCAUACAACUAUGUGUGUGGGUGUAUGUACUGUAUGUGCAUGUACUUCAUGCCUUCUGUUUUUUUCUGUUUGCCUUCUAUUUUCUUUUCUUUUUACUUAAAUCAAAGCAGUCAUACAAUACUAACAGAAUUGCCUUAUUCAACUUUCAAACAAAUAUAUCAUGUUUACAUUGUAAAUCCAAAUAUACAGUAUGUAUUGUGAAUCUCACAAAACAGCCCUUUUGAAUAUCUGCACCUUUAACUCUGUGCUUUUAUUUUGACAUCCUCCUAAGCUGUAUAAGGCACAACAGCUGAAGGAAGCUUGCCAAAGAGGCAGUCAGGCAGAAGUGAGACCGUCUUGGGGAUUUAUUGUGUAAAACACUUUUCAUUUCACAUACAGGCUUGUUGUGCUGUGCUGUCUUUAUACAUAUUUACACCAAAUGAAGUUGAGUUAGGCUGUUUCGCUUGGGUUUGCUUUGCUGUUGAAUUCUUUAUUGAUUUCUUAUGAAGUUGUGCUAUUUAUUUUUCAUUUUCAAAGGCUUCAAAGGGUAAGUCAUUGGUGCAACAGCAGCAGCGUUUGUUUUUCUUUCCUUUUGUCUUUUUUUCUGAUUUAAUCGUAAAAUCGAACACAACAAUAGCAGCAGCAGCAGCAGGCAGUGCUGCGAGGAGGGGCCAGGCCAGACUGGGAAGACAUGUGGCCAGUCCGCUGUUCUGGUUUGGUGUGGAGUCAUGAUCCAGGCUGCCACUGACUGGAGCCCUCGGCUGCCAAUGCUACCACUGCCGCCACCUCUGUAGCCAAAUAGAGACAGGGAGGGAGACAUGCCGGCAGGGGGCCUUAGGGGUGCAGAAGGGGGUACUCAGACAGCCCACUGUGCAAACCCAUAUGAAAAAGAUAUACAGGAGGCUAAUAUAAAAACUUACAUGCCCCUACAAAUGUUAUAAAAUCUUACAUAGGACAUGGGGGCCACUUUAUGUGGCUUAGUUACUGUAUGUAUAUAUAAGGAAAAGGAGGAAUGGACCACUUUUAUAGUAUGUGCCACAAAAUAAAUUUAUAAUCCAUAUCAUUUUGCAUAUGUUUUGUAUACGUUUAUCUUUUCCAUAUGGGAAGCCUCACCUCAUGGAUUAACAACACUCAACACUGCCAAGCUGCUGAACAGGCAGGAAACUAAAGGGCUUUUGGCUUCAAAUACACUGUGGGUUGUGGGCUUAGAGUGGGAAUGUGGCUUAGAAGGAGUCAUCUCAAGAGUCAAAGAGUCUGUUUAAGAUUUGUUUUUGACACUUUUAUUUUUGGGUCGGUGUAGGGAUUGAUUGAUUCAAUCUGGCAAUGAUGACGGAUACAGAUAAAUGAAUCAACAGGUCUGUGCAAUGUUUAUAGAAAUUAGUUGACGUCUGUCUGUCUGUAGAGGUUUUUUGUUUGUUUGCUGUGUCUGUCCACAGGCAGAUGCUCUCAUUGCAUCAGUUAAGGAUUGUGAGUCCAGUGUGAGUCAAAUGCCUUGUACAAGUUAUACAAGCACUGGUGAUCACACAGCUCACUCUGCAUCCAUUCUCUUUGUAUGACUCAUUUUUUAUUAUCAUUAUUUUUAAUAAAAGAUUAUAUGUGAGCCUUACAAUGCCCAAUGUAAUUAGUUUUGACUGCUCUGUAAUCUUUCUCUGUGUUCCCACGGAUCUCUCAUCUCCUCUUCAGUUGGGCCGCCAUGAGGGAUACCUCAACUUCUCUACAGUGGUGAUUUUCAUUAGCCUCGAACACCACACUGUUUCUCAACCUCCAGACUUAGGCAAUGUGCAGUGUACUUUCUCCAUCAAGGGUGGUUUUAAGUGCCCCAAAACUUGGGCAACAUAUUUUUUCUUUUCCAAAAUGGGGCCCACAUCUUUGGCCUAAAUGCUGAGAGAACGUGGUGCAGAUGGUGAAAGACAGUUUUUUUUGACUGGGUGAAUGAAAAUAUUCUCAUUUGUCAAGUUAGUCAAAAGAACUAAGUUAGAGAGAAUUUUGAAGACAUUUCACCCUUCAAGAAAAAAGCCCCUUCAGGUCUCAAGUUCAAUAUUCAAGAUUCAAGAGUUUAUUGUCAUUGUCAAAAAGGCAACGAAAUUGUUUUGAGAUUCAAGAUUCAAGAGUUUAUUGUCAUUGUCAAAAAGGCAACGAAAUUGCACAGAUAGUCAAAGGGGAUUAAUAUAAUAUGCCAUUGCACUUUCCUGUGUCGCCCAGCCUUUGGAUCGGACCCAAACACAUCCAACUUCUAGAUGUACGCAUCCUAGUCACUCUAAAAUGAUGCUAGGGAGCAAGACUUUAAAAUCUGAAUGGAUUUUUGGACUAUUGAAGGUCCAAAAAGAAGUCCAGUUGCUUACAAUCGUAGUCCUUUGACUAAGGGGCUAUUUCAACGUGGCAGGAUAUUUUUGAAAACAUAUUGGUUUUUGACCUUCCGUUUCCACGUAAACAGAGUUUUAAAGUCCACAUAUCAAAAAUCUGGCUUAAAAAAUAUCCCAUUUAGGGGGCAAAAAUGCUCCUGUUUAAAUGGAGUUUUUAUUUUUAUCCACAUGUUGCGUUUACACCUAAACAGGAGAAAAAAAAAAUAUCCACAUUUAAAAAUAUCCUGCUACCUGGAAAUAGCACCUAAGAUGACCUACCGGAUGAAUGGGACUCUUCAGACAGAAAGUCAAGGACUUUGCUAGGGUGGAAGUCAAGGCAUUGUAUGUUCCAGUGUCCACUCAGGGCUGAAAUGGGACAAAAAGAAAACGGUCUGGGCAUUUUUUGUUUAGACAGGCCCCUCACCAAAGAUUUAGGGUAAUAAUUAAGUACAUAAAUAUAAGAAUACCAGAGGUGUCAAAAGUAAAAAUAAAAGAAAAGCACAUUCAUGGUGUAAGUACAACAUUAGCACAUGAUAUGACAUAUAUGUUACACCCCAUCUACUCCAUUGGACCUAGUGAGGUAGAGGUAGAGAUUUUGUUGAUUUUGUAGAGAUGUUGCAAGUCUACUGGCUACUCCGAUAGGUUACCUGGCUUUGGAAGUAAACUGUUUUGUAAACUUUUACUCUUAACACCUUGGAAGAACACAAGCCAUCAAGUAGUAUUUACCCCUUGAUAUAGCUAAUAUGCCACCUGUGUGUAUAGGUAUGCUGGCCAUGGCCACUCUGGCUGUGGGAGGGCUGGCCAAAAAGCCACCAGAGGGCCAUCGGGCAUUUGCCCUGUUUGUGUUAUCGCCAGUCCAGCCUUGCACCCAGCAUAGGGAUCCAACUUGAGGCUACCAUGUUGCCAGGUCAGUGGGGGUCAGGGUACACAUACUGCCAUCAUGGUAGUGAUGUGUAGGAUGAUGUCAUUGAGGAGGGAUAGGAGCCUUAGGAGGGGGUCCUUGCUGGGUUGGGGGUAAUAUUUAGAUGCUUCCUGUAUGACACAAGGGAGGCUAGCGCACUGUGCUGCGAAGGGAAACAGAAAGCUGGAAGCUGGCAAUGGUUGGGCUUACAAAGUCAAAGUCAAGGUUUGUCAUCAACAUCUAUGUAACAAGUGCUAACACAGCACAAGCAGUUCAGUUUUUUUCUUCUUUUUUUUCUUCUACAGUAAAAUUUGCCGUACUCGUUCAACACUCACAGAGUAGGACUAACGAGAUGAGAAAUGGGUAAAUUUGACUCUAAAAGAGUUUCAUUCACACAGCACAGCUUACUUUGUGUC